GGGCUGUAUGGCUUGUCAGGGCCAUGAUCAAAAUAUCGACUCUUUGGAGGGCUAUGAACCGCCGCAGUGUUUGUGGAGUCUGGUGAAGCAGCAUGUUCCCGAGUUGGAGCUUCCAGAAAUCCGGGCUGUGCUUGGGGAAGCCCUGGUUGACCUGUACAUGGAGAUGUACGCAGAGGUGGAGAUGUGGAGGCAGGUGUGGAGAGAAGCACGCGGGAAGCAGGGCUUCGGGUCCCGGACCCCGCAACCCGCCCUGGCGGACCCGCCCGCAAUCAAGGAGCUGCUGAGGGACGAGAUCCGCCUGCUGCUGCUUGCCGUGCGAGACGUGGCAAACGGGGAGGGCAGGGAUGGGGACGCCAUCACGUCCAAGUUCAGCCCCAUCGUGGUGAACUACGCAAUGGCCGGCAGGCAGCAGGAAGCCCCCGGCGGAGCCCCGGAGGUGAGGUCGUCAUCCGGGCCGUCCCGCAGCUCAGCUAGAGAAGACGACAUCAAGGCCAUAAAGGACAAACUGAACAUGAGCGAUAUUGACGAGGUCGUGGCCCAUCUCAAGUCUGUCCUUGCAGAGGAAUGUGAAACACUGAAAAGGGACAUUCGCUUUUUGCAGGACUGCGUGGAGAAGUGCUUCCUGGACCGGAGUGAAGAACUGAGGCCGGAACCCACCGUAUCAGAGCUCAGAGAGGAGAGGAGACGCAUCGAGAGGGAGCUGCAGCUCCAGAGCCACUUACCCCACCCCCGACAUGCAGACAGAGCCGCUGUAGAUGGGGGUCUGACAUAUAAGCUCAGGAGUACACAGCGGAUGGCGCUGUCUGCUCCUGAUCUGGUGCCAGAGACGCGAUCUUCUUCGCCGCCCCCUUCCAAAGUCGGCUGGCCCCCCACCCAGCCCAAGUCCGGGCUCCCCACAGUCAAGCGCGGCACAGAACACCGCCCUCCGGACGGAGCCGUGCGCCACACCACACCUACCUCUGUCCUUGUAGGGUCAGGCCACACCCCUGGCUCCUCCCUCUGUUUCCAUGGAGACGAGUCAGCUAGGAAGAACUGCUCGAACCCGUGUUCAGGGAGCGACGGCAGACCACGGGCCCUAUUAAGAGACCACAGACCCAGGCCCAUGGUUUCCGCCUCUUCUCUCAGUUCUGCCACUCUGGAAGGAAGGCCUCAUGUGAACUCUGACCUGGAUUUGCGCAAAAGUGCUACAGAGACCCCCCGCAGAGUCCGUCCCGGCCCUCGGUCGGCCUCCCCGUCGAGCGUGGCCGACGGCAGACCCCGUGGACGCCGCGUCCCCCUCCGCUCGGCUCAUCCGCUGCCCCCCGCGAGCAGAGCGAAAGACGGCGGCCUGCUCUCCUCGCGUCCGUUCCUCCCGUCCCCACCCGAAACGCAGAGGCCGGCCUCUAGGGGGCAGUCCGUUAGCAGACGGCUGCGUUUGCCGGAGGCGAACGGCCUCGUGAGCCCAACCUGAGCCGAGUGCCGAGCGUACGGCGCCGAGGCCGCACGAGCCAAUUAAUGGGUGCUGUUAAAAAUAGCCGCAAAGGCGUUGCUCAUCGCGCUCGGCUGUCCUUGACGGCACAGACCUCCACCCUGUAAUUUCCGGAACCUAAAGGACGAUUUAAUAACACACAUAUUUGGCAUUUCCAAACACUGUUCCAGGAGCGAAGACAUUCAGACGAUUUGGUGAGGCGGGAUUUAUAUACUGCUAAAAAAAGGACGUGCGUUACUUUUUUCUUUUACGAAAAAGUUUGUUGUCACACUUGCUAUGUAGUAGAAGUAGUACCGGUGAAAAGUGUGACAAAGUAACCCGGACAACGCAGGUUUAGGAGCUGGACGGAGGAGCGAAACAGAGCAAACCCGCAAGUGUCCUGCGCGUCUCGGAAGUGCAGCGGAGGAGCUGGCAAGGCAUGGCAGUGCUUUUGUUUCAUAAAACUUGUAAAGCAACGUGUGUUCGUUUAGAGAUGUACAAGGAUUUAUUAUCAAAAUAUGUGAUUUGCGUUCAAUGUUUUUGUAGAGGAGACAGAAGGGAAAUAGACAUUAUAGGGGGAAAUUAACUCAGGAAGGAAGCUGUAACAGUGGCAUCUUCAUCUGCAUUCUAUUCCAUAAUUCAGUAAAAAAAAAACAAAUGCAGUAAUUCAUUUUUAAAAUAUAACUUUAUUCAAUUCAAAUUGAACAGUUUAAGAUAUCCAGUUGACAUGAGACUAAGACAAUUUCAAUGAAAUUUGGCCCUAAAACACAUGGUUAGAUAUGUAUAAUAAACUUGUGUUCUUUCUUUCUUGUGCUUCCUUUCUCCUGUCAGACUGUCAUCAUCCCUAUCAUCAUCAUCAUCUUCAUCAUCAUCAUCAUCAUAAUUACACCCCAAACGUUACAAAUAUUUUGCUUUGUAAAAAUAUAAAUGGCAGUAGCUCUAUGAGUUCUGUUGCUUUUAAAACACAAAUGACUUUAAAGUGCUGCAGCAACAUGAAAAUGAAAAUGAAGUUCCAUCAUUUCAAGUCAAUGAAAAACAGGUCACAGUUUUAGUUACACCAACUGUCAGUUCUAAUAAUUGGUUAAAAUUUUUUGAAACGUGUUAAGAUUUAAAUAUAUAUUAAAAUGUGUGAAAACAUCAAAAUGUAAAUAUUGAUUUUUUUUUUUUUUUAAAUCCAACAGUCUUUGAACAUAUCAUUUUAAAAUGUACAAUAUAAUCCAGUUAAAGGAGUCUUCAAAAGAAUUAAGCGAAAAGGGAGUUCAGAUUAGUCCACAGCGGUACUGGAUUAGGGUUCAUAAUACUACUACAUUAACCCUUUAGGACUGAAGAAAGAAAGGCUUCGCUCUCCAGUACCCUGGAUAUGUUACCAGUUUUGGUAUUGUUUGACACUCGUGCACAUUAAAUCGAGGGACGAGAAAGAGCGCGGACAAGCUGACGCCGCUCUGCGGUCGGCACGCUCGGCUCUCCGAAGGCGCUCGCCGGCCUGUGGACCGCAACGGAAACAGCGCCGUGUCCCCGGAGUCCCCGGUACAAGACAUUCCCCUUUAGUUCAAGGCUCCGUCCAAAGCUUUGUUUGGCAAAACAUUUGAUAUCAGCUGGCUUGUUUGAACUUCUACGAAAGUAGUGUCACUGAACCUGGAUAAGAAUGGUUAAGUGUAAUGAUGGGUUUUUUUUUUUCUUUUUUUUUCUCUCAUAUAUACAUAAUAAAAUAAUUACGAAGGUAGACUGUGUUAGAGGACAACACGGGUCGUUACGUUUCGACUACAUUUACAAAACACCGAGACCGAUAAUGUCCCGAACUACGUGUAGACUCGACAGUGAUCGAAUACCCACUACACAGAACACUGAACACGUGUUUUUCUUUUUUUUUCCACCGGCUACUUUCACUACAAAAAACACUGAUCAGGCCCGCCCCUUGAACAAUACAAAAAAAUACAGGUACACGCCAGUGAGAUUAAUUUUUACAUCGCUGUACAAGAAACGGGGAGAAGGAAGAGUGCCGAAGAUAGCUGAGAAAAUAAGGGCGCAGAAGCUGAACAAUCCGUAAUACCCCGGGCCUUCUUUCUUUCCCAUUGUGAAAAUGGUCGCUAAAGCAGCAGUAAAAUGUACCGCAUUUUCUUCAUGUUAGCCAGGUGCUGCUGAGAAAAUGCGUGGGGCGGCGAGCUCCACGAGUAAAUAAACGGUAGAGUCGAUCCCUGCAUUUAGCAAAACUGUAAUACGUAUUAAUUUCCAGUGAAUGGAACUGUAAUCAAGUAAAUGAUCAGAAACCCAACGUCCUCCGCUUUCCGUGCCACCCUUCAGUAUGCAAUGCGGUAGUUGCGCAAUACAUUCCAUCCAAAGUAAAGCUUAUGUCUGACAGACAGUACUGAAGUCAACGGUUGUGCUUUUAUUUGUGCGAUAACCACUCGAACCGCUAUCUAGUCCCCUGAGUUUCAGAUGCCUUCUACUGGAGCGCAUUUCUUCAGAGCCUUCAUCAUUAAUUACGGUUCUCUUGUUUAGCUGACAUUGACCCGAAGCGUUUCAUCUGGAAGUACUGCAAGAUCCGUUAUGCACAGCGAUUUUACUGGAGUAGUUCAGGCAAAGUGUCGCAAAGACGGGCACUACAGCGGUAGAGGGGACAGGGACUUGAACCGGCAACCUUCACGUCACAAGUCCACGUCCUGCUGCUAUGCUGCCUCAUGACCCCCUGUGGGGUCUUUCACAGAGAUGGAAACCUUAACAAAAAUGUUCUGACACGCUGCUUAAAUUCUGCCCAUAUUCUCCUAUAAAUCGCACAGGAGUAGCACCGACUGAAAAGGAAGAGGGACUGGUGAUGACAACGAUGCGGACGUUCAGUAGCCGCAAGUGUCACCAGACUGUUCGCCAGCCUUCUGGGCGAAACCAAAUGCUAGUGGCCGUUCCGAGUCUCCUGGCAGGACGCUGGCCCCCUGCUCUCCGACACCCUCGGCACCCUACCACGCUGUGCCAAUAACAAUAA